UCCUACGACGGUUCCUCGGUACUAAUAAUACGACGAUAUACCACCUAUUCAGCCACCAUGGCUCUACGUGCAAGUCCCGAGAGCAGAUUUUACGGAACGCGCGCGGCUUCUGCCUACCAAAGACACUGCUAAUCGCGCGACCACGCUGAUCGCAGGAUCAACCGACGCGUAGGAUUCAUCUUAACCCCCGGCGCGAUUCACCUCCCCUCGCCCACCCCUCUGCGUACGGUGUUUCAACUAGUUCGGUGAUACGGUUUUCGCGAGAUUGACAGAACGAUAGGAUCAUUGGUGUAUCCUUAACAGCUUGGAGUGUGAUUAAUUGAAGGAUUAGUGAGACGAGCCUGGAGUAGAGAAUGUGAUGCCGUCGGUGUCAGUGGUGUCGCAGGUGAUCGAGGUGUUCGUCGACGAACUUCUCGAAAAGUGUAUCCGUCUGGACCGCGAGAUGAAGGGUCGAGAAGUCAGGUAAAGGGGAGAAGGCUGGGUUAUGUGGAGGAUGCAGGAGGGCAGGACCGUGUCGCCUUUAGGACCGGUCGUCGUACCGCGCGAGGAAGCCGAUAUGCGUGCCGGGCUGUCGCUACCGCCUCAAGAAAGGAGGCACGUGUUGCUCCACGUACGUACCAGCGAACCUUUCGUACGAUACGAGAACGUGCGACAGCAACAUUCGCCUUCCACUUCGCCGAUCCUGCGUCCCGUCGAUAAGGAUCCUCCGUUCCACGAGAUGGACGUCGCCAGCAGGGAGAAGAGGAUGGACACUGAGAUCGAGGAGGAAGAGGAACAAGACGAGGAGGAGGACGAGGAUCCUGAGCAGGAACGAAACGCGUCCAGGAGGAACAUCGUCGAGGACGAAGAGGACGAGGAGGAUCAAGAGGACGAGGAGGAAGAAGUGCAUCCUGGAAGUCGAAACGGAAAUUAUCAGGAGGACGAAGACGUCGAGGUUGAUGUGUGUCGCGACGAAGUCGACGAAAGCAACCCCAGUAGCCCGGUGGACCUAACCGCCCCUUCGUCAAGGGGUAGCGGGUCUGAUCAGUUCCUUAAUCCGUUCGCGAAUCGUGGCGUGCAUCCUUUCUCCUGUGUUCAGAGCGGUGGCCAAACUACCGGCCAUGGGACUCCUGUGUAUAUAUCCGCGCAUGCCGCAGCUGCUUCCACCGUGAUGACCGUCUGCACUUCCGGUAACGCGGCACGAACGACCGCCACCUCGACCGGUAGCAUCACCACGACCGCCAGCACCGUGCAAGCGAACAAACGGUGCCUCGCGUUCUCGGUGGAGAACAUAUUGGAUCCUAACAAGUUUACCGGCGGACGUGUCAUCCACAGUCGCGUUCAACAUCGACGACACAGGAGGACCAACAGCGUCCACGAAGAUGGGGACUCGCGGGGCGAGUUCGCCUGCGGCAGCGGCCAAGAGGACGAGGAGGGUACACCGGACACGGGGAUGGAGGAUAUGGACGAGGAGCCGGAGGAGGACGAAGACGAGGAGGACGUGGAGAUGAGGGUAACCGAUCAGGAUUCAUCGAACGCUGGCCGGGAUAACAGCACGGCUGCCAGCAGCAACGUAGGAUCGUCGAAUUGUAAGAAGAGACAAUCUUCCUCGUCCUCGUCGUCGUCGAGCAGCGUGCAAGCGCAGGGAUGUCAGGGCCAGAAUCAAGCCGGUCAAAAUGGCACCAGCGGUGGCGGUAGCACCGGUGGGAAACCGAGGAGAGCCAGGACGGCGUUCACUUACGAACAACUGGUAGCGUUGGAGAACAAAUUCAAAACCACCAGAUACCUGUCGGUUUGCGAGAGACUGAAUCUGGCUCUGUCGCUCUCGUUGACGGAGACCCAGGUGAAGAUAUGGUUCCAGAAUCGACGAACCAAGUGGAAGAAACAGAAUCCUGGCCUCGACGUAAACAGUCCAACGGUACCCACCACGCCGCCGCAUCCUUCGCCUUACGCGCCCGCAUUCCUGUUCGCCGCGCAUCCUCAUCAACAUCCGUUACCACAUUCGCAUACCCAUCCGCAUCCUCAUGCCCACGUCCAUCAUCCACCACCCGUCCCACCACCGCCACCUGGCUAUUAUCACCCAGCCGCGCCACCUUAUCCUCCGACAGGACCGACGUUCUUCGGUCAUCACCUAACCGCCAGCCCAGCAACUGCAUCCGGUCCACCGCCUACCUCCACACCAUCCUCCACCGGCUUGACGCUAUCGUCGCAUCCUCAUCCGCACACGCACCCGCACGCGUAGCGAACUCGACAAUCGUGAUCGUCGCCUUCGUAAUCGUCGAGGAAGCUGGAUGGAUUCGACGAGAAGCAAAGGACAUCUGAACGUAUGCGGAUGGUACGAGCGAUCGGGCUGAGGAAUUUAUGUUUGCUGUUUGUUUCUUGGAAUGAAGGAACUGGACGUUGAAGUACGUUUAAACCGUUAAACCGUUUUUUAAAUCAAGUUUUUAAGUUUUUGCAAAUGAAACAACGCGUUAUCGAUGUUACGUUGAUCAUUGAUUUUCGUAGGCGACUCGAUUCGUUGCUUGUUUCUGCUCGAUGUCAGCAAAGUCGUCGCACGUGGGGCGGUUCCGAUAGGGUAAUCGGUUUACGCGGGGUGACGCGCAGAAAACGAGCGUAUCUCUUGGAGGAUAUUGUCGAGGCAUUUAAAUUUCGUUGACGACCGAGAGGGUAGGGGGAUUUGGACAAUCCAUCGUCCAAGCGGAAAGAUAAAUACCCGGUGAUACGUAAGCGAAGAAUAACAGCAGCUCGAUCGCAGCAUCGCGCGUAAACCUUCCCCGUUCGGAUCUAAUUAAAACAGAGAUGGGAGAAAAAAGAAAUUAAACGAACCCAGUGUCGCGUUAUGUCGCGUUUCGCGAUGAUUGACAGCAACGGAUCGAAAAAAGAAACGAGGCGAAACUGCAAAAUCGUAGCUGCAGUUUCCCGCCGCCAUUGUAACAUAUUACCCGUUGGUCGCUACGAAAUGGAAGUCGUUUCGAGACGAAGUAGAUUUUAUCGGGGAAACGCUCGUAGCUGUAAGGUGUGCGUGAGAAUCAAAACGAUAAGGUGAUAAGGGUGAGAAAGAGACGUGUUGUCUGUGCACGUCGCGAAUGGAUGAACGAGAGAGAAAAAAAAAAAGAAGGAUUUAGUGAGCAAUUUUUUGUGCUGAAACGCAAAAACUGAACCACGUUCGGAACGCAGUUCAACGUUCCUGUG